GUCAUUAAAUGGAUUAAUAAAUUUUUCUUCUCUCUUUGAGUUAUUCUUGAUUUUUGUUCUGGUUGAUUUUCCUUCUUUGAUUAGGGUUUUACAGCAUAGAGAGAAAUGGGAGGGAAAGGAAAGAGAAGGAGAGAGAAGAACUACAGGGCUGCUCAUGGUGGCUACAGCGGCCUCCCUCCGCCACCCAAUCCUUCUCAGCUUGAUGCUUUACCUUCCAAACUCCGCCAAAUCAUGUCUUUCUCGCAACGCCCAGAUGGAGCUAAUGGGUCGUCGAAGAACCAGAAUAACAAUGAUGGGCACGCCCAAAAUAAGACUACUUCAAAGGACAAAAGUGAUGUUCGAACUAAAGAUGUCAAAGAGGGGAACACUAAUGAACAAUUGGAGGAGCUUCAACAUAUAGAUAAGAGUGAAGAACAACUUCCGGAAAGUGGUGCAAUUGACAAGAAAAAGAAAAAAAGAAAGAGGAAGGAGGUUAAAGAUUUGAGGUUUGAAAUGGAAGUGGAUAAAGCAAGCUCCCAGUUAAAAAGAAGGGAGCGUAAGAAAAAGUAUUUGGAAGCAAAGAAGAAGAAGCACAAAAAGUCCCAUGAAGAAGAAAUGGGCUUCCCUGGACAUGAAAAAAUAGAAUUUGGAGAUAUUGUGCAAGCCCCACCAAAGUUAUCUGUUCCUCCAAGGGCAUUCAAGAAUGCUUCCCAAGAGAGACUUAGACUACAGGCUAUAGAAGAGUACAGGAGUCGUAAAGGAUGGACAUCAAGGCCAGGAAAUCACCUUCCACCUCCUGUCACUACGUUGGAUUCUUAAAUCACUGGCAUCUUCUGCCACCUUGUCUGCCAUGCAGAGUAGUACAAAUUACUUGAACAGAGAAAAAGAAUCAACAUGGUUUCUCUGUUUUUCCUUGGAGGUAGGUUUAUCUUCAUCCAGGGACAAUUUAUCUUUGUUUUUUUUUUUUUUUUAAUUUUUUCUGAUGACACAUUUUUACAUGUGUUGAACUUAUUUGUUACAUUGUACAAUCCUUGGAAAGCCAAUUUACUAAGCUCAUAGGGUAGCUAAAUUUUGUUAGAAUGUAAGAUAUCAGCUCAAACUUCUGUUGCUUUUUAGAUUUUGUAUCUAAAUUCAUGUUAUUGUUUA